CUUAAACGUCAGCACCAACACUUUGAAUAUAUUAUGUCCCACAUCCUGCGCCCAUUUUAUAAUAACGCAAUUUACCUGGUCCUCUUUAGUGUCCCAUUCCAAAAGCUUGUAAACGUACUGAGAACCAAUGCAGAUCUUUCAAGAUUGGUGUUAUGUGGUCUCGGCAGCCGCUCCCAGUCACCAGUCUAGCUGCCGCAUUCUAGAUUAGUUGUAGUUUCCGGGUCACCUUUAAAGGUAGUCCCACAUAGAGCGCACUGCAGUAAUCCAAGCGAGAGAUAACUAGAGCGUGCAUCACUCUGGCGAGACAGUCUGUGGGCAGGUAGGGUCUCAGCCUGCAUACCAGGUGGAGCUGGUAGACAGCUGCCCUGGACACAGAAUUGACCUGCGCCUCCAUGGACAGCUGUGAGUCCAAAAUGACUCCCAGGCUGCGCACCUGGUCCUCCAGGGACACAGUUACCCCAUUCAGGACCAGGGAGUCCUCCACAGCUGCCUGCCUCCUGUCCCCCCAAAACAGUACUUCUGUCUUGUCAGGAUUCAGCCUCAAUCUGUUAGCCGCCAUCCAACCUCCAUCCGCCUCCAGACACUCACACAGGACCUUCACUGCCUUCACUGGUUCUGAUUUGAAAGAGAGGUAGAGCUGAAUAUUAGAGGUAGAACAGAAAUAUCACUUGGACAGUGCUGGCAUGUAUAUAAUUUCUCCCCCCAGGAAAGGACCCACAAAGUACUGGCAGCUCCUCUCCUUCUUGUAUGCCAUUCAAGCGAUCAACCAGAAUCAAAAGCUGUUACCCAACAUCACCUUGGGCUACAGCAUCCAUGAGAACUUUUUUGAUGGAAGGGUGACCUAUGAUGCUUUGCUAGACAUGUUGUCAAUUGGGCAGCUGAACUUUCCAAACUACAGCUGUGGUAAACAGACUAACUUACUGGCUGUUCUCGAAGGGUCCGACUCUCAAAACUCCAUCCAGAUUUCAAACGUGUUGGGCAUCUAUAAAAUCCCACAGGUCACUUAUGCUUUUGUCUCUCAUGUUCUGAAUGAUAAGAGGCAUUUCCCUUUUUUCUACCGGAUGCUCCCCAAAGAAGAAGCCCUGUACCCAGGGAUUGUCAAGCUGCUCCAGCACUUCCGAUGGACGUUGAUUGGCCUCCUUGCACCAGACAGCGACAAUGGAGAGAGGUUCCUGAAGAGCUUGACACCCGUGCUCAUCAAGAGCGGAGUCUGUGUUGUCAUCUCACAAAGCAUCCAAGGACUGAAUACAAAUGGAGUAUACAUACCUCGUCUUCCAUUCCGCAAGUGGAGGCAAGUGCAUGUAUUUGUUUACUACGGGGAAAGGACUUAUUUCUUAAAUGGACUACAAAUUAUACAACAGUUUUUUGACAUAUUGAUGAAAUCCAUUGUUGGGAAAAUCUUCAUCACAACAGUUUUGUGGGAUGUCGCCCUGGAGCUGAUGUAUAAUGAGAUAUCUUUCCAACACAUCCAUGGUAUAUUUUCCUUCUUCACUGAGACAAGUAAAGGGGCAAAAUACGGUGAUUUUCUACCCUUUUUCUUUGGUAUUAAGAAGUUUUGGGAGGAUGCUUUUAAUUGUUUCUAUUUAAAGCAUGCAUUCUCAGUGAAAGACCGGACAAGAUGCAGAGAGAGAGGGAAACUGGAGAGGCUUCCCCAAGAUGAUCUGGAAAGAAUCCUCUCUCUAGACAGCUACAGGAUCUACAACACUGUGCAAGCCGUGGCUCGUGCCUUAAAUGCUGCAUAUUCAUCUAGAUCUAAGCAGAGGGGAACUGAGAGAAUGGGACUUCAAAGGCUACAGCCAUGGCAGCUCCACCCUUUCCUAGGAAACACCCAGUUCUACAAUUCUUCCAUGGACAGAGUGUAUUUGGAUGAGAACGGGGAGCUGGCAGCCGACUUGGACAUUGUGAACUGGGUGGUGUUCCCCAAUAAAUCCGUCCUCAGAGUGAAGUUUGGGAGUAUUGACAGACAGGGAUCCCCAGACCUGAAGUGCUCCAUCGACCAGGAGGCCAUUGUGUGGCCCAAGUGGCUCAAUCAGACGCUUCCUACUUCCAGGUGUGUGGAAAGCUGUCGCCCUGGAUCCGUCAAGGUGAUUCAGGAAGGGAAGCCUCUUUGCUGUUAUGAAUGUCUUCCCUGUGCAGAAGGGACCAUCUCCACUCAGGAAGAUGCAGACCAUUGCAAAAAAUGCCCAGAAAAUCAGCAUCCAAACAUGAACCGAGAUCAAUGUGUGUUCAAGCAUAUCACCUUCCUAGCCUAUGAAGAAUCUCUGGGGGUUGUCCUACUUUCCCUUGCCCUACUGGGGUCCUUAGCCACAAGCUUUGUUUUAGGAAUCUUUAUUAAAUACAACGAAACUCCCAUAGUCAAAGCCAACAACCGGGACCUCUCCUACAUCCUCCUUGUCUCCCUCCUGCUUUCCUUUUUGUCCUCCUUCUUGUUCAUUGGGAGGCCAAGGAAAGGGACCUGCCUUAUCCGACAAACAGCCUUCAGCAUCAUCUUCUCUGUUGCUGUUUCUUCUGUGUUGGCAAAAACCAUCACUGUGGUUCUGGCCUUCCUGGCCAGCAAGCCAGGGAACUCAGUGAGGAGAUGGCUGGGGAAGAGUCUGGCCAACUCCAUUGUCAUUUCUUGUUCCUGUGUCCAAGUUGUCAUCUGCAUGAUCUGGCUGGGGAUCUCACCACCAUUCCCAGACUCUGACAUGCACUCCCAGCCUGGGGAGAUCAUCCUGCAAUGCAACGAAGGGUCUGUGGCCAUGUUCUAUGGUGCCCUUGGCUACAUGGGCUUCCUGGCGGCCAUCUGCUUCACGGUGGCUUUCCUAGCCAGGAAGCUGCCUGGGGCCUUCAACGAAGCCAAGCUGAUCACCUUCAGCAUGCUGGUCUUCUGCAGUGUUUGGGUGUCCUUUGUGCCCACCUACCUGAGCACCAAGGGGAAGUACAUGGUAGCCGUGCAGGUUUUCUCCAUCUUGGCCUCCAGUGCUGGGCUCCUGGGCUGCAUCUUCAUUCCCAAAUGCUACAUUAUUUUGCUGAGACCUGAUCUGAACACAAAGGAGCACCUGACAGCAAAAACUAAAAAUAGCAUCUGAUUCUUAAAAUAUUAUUUUUCAAGAAGGUAGGGAAGUGAGAUUCUUGAAAAAUGAUGUUUCAGUUUAAAAAACCAUUACCCUCAUUUGAUCAUGUAGAACCAACCAACUUAAUGGAAGUAGUUAUGAAAUUUGGCUGAAAAUUUGUUAAUACUUUGGAAGAUAUAGAUCACAUAGAUCACAGGGAAUUCACAUUACCAAAAUUUUGUAAUUAUUCUUGGAACGGAACAAGGAUGUCCACUGUCACUCCUGUUAUUUCUCCCAGUGAAUCUCCAGCCCCCGGCUCUCUCACUUCCUCAUUCAUCAUCACCUCCUCUGCGGGUGCUGCUAAGUACCCUCUGUCUUUGAGCUCUUUGCU